AUGCUAAUAGAUGGUGAGAAGUGGGCUUGUGAAGCUUGCGUCCGGGGUCACCGGGUUAGCAGCUGUCACCACAGUGACCGCCCUUUGACCCACAUCAAUAAGAAAGGCCGCCCAGUCUCUCAAUGUACUCACUGCCGCGGUCUACGCAAGUCUCGAACCACUCACGUCAGGUGCGAGUGCGGCGACAAGAAAAAGAAGUCCGACUCGUCCGACGGUCAUGGUGAAAAACGCGAUCUGAAGGAUCCCCAUCACUGUGGCUGCUGCCACGGCCAGCGCUGUACCUGCGCGCUGAAAAAGGAACAUCUAGACCCCGUCCCCGAGAUUGGCUUGCCCAUCUCUCAACCGUCGGUUCCUGCCGAGCUCCCGCGGAAGCCCCCCCUCACGUCGACAAAGUCUGAGUCGACGCUGACGAUCUUCCGGGACGGUCACCAUAAGCCCGCCCAUAAGCAUAAUGACAUGGCCCACAAGUGCGGAUUGCCGUAUACAAUCCCACGAUCCCAUACCAUCCACCACCCGACCGACGUAUCUCGCCGUUCGGUGGACCACCUCCCUUUGACCCAGUCUCCUUUUGUCCAAGAACCUCUCUCACUCUCGAUGGAGCCUCUGCCCCAAUCGCAGCAACCAUCCCAGCAGGGCUCUCCUAAUAGUGCUCCUGCGUCGGGCGUGGACGAUACACCCACUUCAACCCCGAGCUUAGACCAAGUCUUCCUGGAUAAUUUCACCCCUCCCAAUCUUCAAACCGCUCCCGAGAAGCCUACAGAUGGGGUGCCCAACCCGACUUCUGCUCCAGCCACGAUGGACAAAUUCCCUCUGGAGCAAAUCAUGACUAGCGUGCCUCCGCCUCUCGAUGUCUCGAGUUUUACCUCGUUUCCUACGACGAGUUCGAACUCGCCUAUCAACUGUAUGGCAUUCCAGGAUCCCUUUCAAGACCAGUAUUUUACGUCUCCGGACUCUGAGAUGCCGAUCGGGUCAUCUGGCAUGGGCGCGCCGUCGGUGGACUGGUCAAGUUUCCCGCUCUACUCCGAGGCCCCCGCGACUACGAGCAACCAGACCCCGUCGUACGCCAGUUUCGAUUACAAUUCGUAUCCCUCAGGCCUCCAGCCCCCGUCGUCCUCGGGGGAUAUUUCCGAAGCGGACGACUUUGGCCCUCUUCCCGGUCUGGGACACGCUGGUAGCAAUGACAUGCAUGAUCUCCACAGCGUGAGCGAAGCCUCGGACAUGGACCAACUUCGGAUCAGCUCUGCUUCUUCAUUGGUCGGCCUGCCUCAAGCGCAACUUUUGUCGUCGAAUGAUCUUGAGUCAAUCAACAUCGAUGAUUUCCUCAAGUCCGCCAAUGAGUCGACGGCCGCGCUGGAGCACCAGCUGCAGGCCAACAUGGGAAUGGAAGCCAAGUCCGCUCCUCAGCAAGACAUGUACUCCGCACCCACUGCCAACGAUACGAUCCCUAUCUGGCCUGCCGGCCUUUUCGAUGCUGAUUCGACGCCGCCGAUGGAUUCAAGCUAUUUCCGUCAGUCCUGGACGCAAUAG